GUGACUUUCCGUAGGCCAGGAGCGAGAGAACGUGUGGAGUCAGGUUCUGCUGUGUUUUUGCAGAUACAAGCGCAGCUUCACGCAGAGGCGCUGCUGGGCCGUGGUCGGAGCGUGCUGGCUGCUCGCCUUCGCGUUCAGUUUCACGCCCAUGUUCGGCUGGUACAACCGCCAGACCCUGGCCAAGAUGGUGGUGGAGAACUUCACCACCAUCGUCUGCACGUUCGUGUCCGUCAUCCCCAUGACUUACCUGGUCUACUUCCAGUUCUUCGGGCGCACGCUGCUCCCCCUGCUGGUGAUGUGUGCCCUCUACGCACACGUCUUCCGCUCCAUCUCCAAGCGACUGCAGAGGAGCCAGGCCCCGGGUGCCGAACCCCACGCGUACUACGCCAAAGAGCGGAAGCUGGCCAAGUCCCUGCUGCUGGUCCUGGUCCUCUUCGCCGUCGGCUGGUUGCCGCUGAGCGUCAUGAACUGCGUGACGAUCUUUGGCGGCGACGUCCCUCUGGUCACCAUCUACAUCGGGAUCCUCCUCACGCACGCCAACUCAGCCGUCAAUCCGGUCGUGUACGCCUUCAAGGUGCCGAAGAUCCGCAGUGCGUACCUGCGGGCCUGGAGGAAGUGCGCCCUCUGCUGGCAGCAUGGGGUAUCACAGCGCACCGAGAGCAAAUCCAUUGAAGAUUAG